AAACUCUCAUAGGCUUGGAGGGAGUGGGGGACUUGGUGUCUGACCAUGGAUUGCCUUGGCUUGGAUUACAGAGAUCUGGUGUUAGAUCGGCCUUAUGUCCCCCAAAGCACUCUGGAGUCUGAUUUUCCCACUCCGCUGUAUAGUGAUGAGUACCUAGCAUUGAAGGCCCCCCGCAAUGCGCCUGUCAUCAAGGAGGCUGUGCGCUGGAAGUUCACCCCCAUGGGAUGGGAUGCUAUCCCUCAGACCUGGUACACAGGCUUAACCAACUGCCCCUACCGCGAAGCCUGGUACACACUCACUGACGGUGUUGGCAGGGAGGCCUACCACCGAUGGUGUAAGUCCCAUGCCAAACGGAAGAAGACUCUGCCAGCCGCUUAUGACCAGCAUUUGCGGGAGAGCAGCUGGUAUGACCCAACUGUCCCUGCUCAGUAUCUGAAACCCGCCACUCGCUGGGGUGCCUUUCUCUGGCAAGACAAGCCCGUUCCUGGAAAGGAAUAUGUUGUAAACCGCAAUUGCAGUGCGAAAGAGCUACCAGGGAAGCCUGGCUACGUCCCGUCUCUGUCUCUAUACACGCCCGUCUUCACAGCCAAGGACUAUCGCACCUGGAGAAUGUUCAGCCAUCAACCUUCCACUAACAACCAAUAAAACCUCUGCUGGAAGUGCCUUGCGUGACUCUGCCCCCAGGGUGCCCAGCAGCAGCAGCCUGGAACAGGGUUGUCUUGGGA